AUGAGUGACACUGCGAGGAGAGGAAGCACCUGCGAAACGACACCGGACGAGCGAUCGAAAGGCGAACCUCAAGUCAUCACCAAAACGGUCGACCCUCCUCAUCGCCCAACUUCAAGAAAUGCCGGACUCGAUGCCAUCAGGCUGGUCGAAUACCUGACGGCGAUGAACGACCGAUAUUCGUGCUCGAUUUGAAAAGCCCGGCCAUUGCAGCAACUACGAGAACGAUUCCAGUCUACCAGAAUGCGAGUCUGCAGAUGUUGGACAGAGUAGGAGUGGCAGUCUCUCAAGGUACCGGAGCGGAGGCGCAUAAAAGUUCAGUUGCGGAUUCGACACAAACACGGCUUCUGCUAGAUUGGGCUACCUCAAAGCCAGAACUGGUAAACUAG